AUGUUGUGUUUUAAUAAUCUUCUAGUCAAUACCGUAGAAAAAAGUUUGAGAAACACUCCCAUAAAUAAUCAUCAUGAUUCCAGUUUGGCAGAACAUAUUUUAUACCAUAAAAGCUCUUUUAAAGCUUUUCUGAAAGCUUUCAGAAAGUUAAAAACAUCUUCAUUGAUUUUUUGGAAAUUUUUUUCUUGUUGUAACAAAAAUGGAACAUCAAAAAGUAGGAGAGGCAACAAUGAUUACGAUACUUGUAUCCAACUUGCCGGAGGGAUAAGAAAAGGUCCACAUAAGAGCUUGUAA